AUGACAACAGUAACAGACAUGACGAUUACAACAAGCAUUCAUAAGCACGACAAACGCGACGUCAUGGAAAAUGUCAAGAAAACACCCACUGGCAUGAAGAAAAAGGCGUUUAGUAUCAGCAGCACUAGCAGUAGACAGAAGAAACCAGCCAGGGAUACCAAGAACGGGCCCAUGCGAUCAUCUCCCUCUUCUUGUGACAACUCCUCGCAAGAUUCCGAUACCAUUAACGAAGCGAUUGACAUCAUCAAUUCCAACAAGGAAGAUGAUGAACCAACGCCGCCACCACCAAGCCAUAGACGUACCUCAUCCUCCAGCUCCUAUCGAUUGACUAGGGGGGGAGGAGGGUCCUCGGUCAAUUUACAAACUGAAGGCAGUGACUCGUCCUCCGGUCCAAUAAUGACAAGAGGACAUGGGUCCUCAGUUAGUUUACGAAUCGAAAGUGAUUUGGACCCGCGAGCUGCCAGUGAACUACUACUGGACAAUAGUGAUCGAUUGUCACUGUUAGUGUCCAACAGUCAUACUAAUUUGGCUGGUUUGGCCGACUUUAGUUCCAGCAGCAGUGAAAGUGAUUGUGACGAGUUUUAA